AUGCCUACUGAUUGUUUCAUCUGCAACACAUGUCGUUGGAUGUACAACAAGUGGGAGGCAAAUUUAGGUUUAAACCAAAUAUUAUUGCAAAUUGAUAUGUUGAGUCAAGAUGAUGAUGGAAUGACUGAAGAAAAGGAUGAAAGUUCAAAUGAAAAUACUUCAGGUGAUGUAGGGACUGACUCUAAUGAUAACAGUGACGAUGAAAUGAUCAAUGAUGAAGAAUCCGACGAAAAUAGCUCGAAUGAUUCAAAGGCUAAGUCAAAUCAUAAAUAUGAUAAUGAAAUGAUUGAUGAUGAAGAGUCUAAUGGAAGUAACCCAAGCGAUUCAGAGAUGGAUUGUAAUGAGGAUAAUGCAUCGGUUACUGAUAAAUCAAGUUUUACUUCGAAAGAUGGUUUGAAAUUACCUACUGGCAUAAGCAUUUCGUCAAAAAGGUAA